AUGCUCGAACCGUGGAUGGAGGAGAAGGAGGAGGAAGAAGGUUGUGGGAACCGAAUUGAGGUCCGAGGAGCCGAGGAACACCGAUUCCGUCACUCUGGAGGAGGAGGAUGGAUGAGUCUCCGACGAUUGGCACCGUCGUCCGCCGAAGCCCGAAGUGAGUGUGUGGAGAGUUUGGAGACCGAAGAAGAGGAGAAGUGA